GCUGAAAAUACAGACAUCCUUGACACUCAUACGGGACUUUUCAAGAUGGAUGCGCGCUGAAGUUGACGCCAGGAUCUUGAAAUGUUACUAAAAUUUAAUUGUUAUCUUUGGCCUUAGUUAUUCCUCACGAAAAAUACCAAUAAAAAUAUCGGGCUCAAGUCGUCCCACAAAGAUCACUGAUCAAACAAGAACGCACGGGAAUCCUACCACCAGUAAAGUAACGCGUUUUCUGUUUCCAUUGCCAUUGACGUUUGUACUACUUACUACAGUGUGCACAUACCACUACCAGGUGGCCCAGUAUAGACCCUCAGCCCUAUGCAGGUCACCUGUAUACAGGCAAGAUGUCAGGAGCGCUAGCCAGGGCAGCGUUCUACCCCACUCUUCUGUAUAAUGUGGUGAUGGAGAAAGUAACAUCACGGAGGUGGUACGACAGAAUAGACAGCCGUGUCCUACUGGGAGCAUUGCCAUUUAAACGCAUGUCAGAGAGGCUUGUAGAAGAAGAAGAUGUGAAAAGAGUGAUUACAAUGAAUGAAAACUAUGAAACAAGGUACCUCUGCAAGAGUUCCAAGGGGUGGCAAAAGUUAGGGGUGGAGCAGCUACGCCUCAGUACCACCGACCUGACCCCACCUUCUGUGCAGGACUUGACCAAAGGUGUGAAUUUUAUUCUGGAUGCACCAGAGGGAAGUGUGUAUGUGCACUGCAAGGCUGGGAGGUCACGGAGUGCAACUUUGGUGGCUUGUUAUCUCAUGAAGGUCCACAACUGGAGUCCCGAAGAAGCUGUAAGUUUCAUCAAAGACAAAAGGCCUCAUGUCAUGAUCCUUCCGUCUCACUAUGAAGUACUUAGGACUUUUCAGCAAACUCUCUCAGACUAAAUUC